AUGACCGAUCGAAAGAGGGCCAUGCCAUUUACUACAAGCAGUAGUGCUGAGAAAAAGAGGCCUUUUUCUAGUCCGGAGAAAGGCAAGGGAAUAAUGAUUGGAGGACAGAAGCCGUCCUUUUAUUCACCAUGCCCUAAGUGUGGUAAGCUUCAUUCUGGAGAAUGUUACAAGGGAUAUGGAGUCUGUUACCGAUGUGGAAAACCAGGACAUAUGAUUAGAGAUUGUCCUAACGCCAAACAAGGUAGUGGAGUUGGUGAUCGCAAGCCAAGGCCCCACAUCCCGGCACGAGUGUAUGCAGUAACACCCGAGCUAGAAGGAAGGACACUGAAGGCUAAAUUGUUAGUAUUCGGUCAGAUGGAAUUCGACCUGAUUUUGGGGAUGGACUGGCUUUUCAAGCACUACGCUAAGAUAGACUGUCGGAAACGAGAGGUUGUGUUUGAACCUCCAAUUGAAGACAGGAUGAGUUACGCAGGAACAUCAGUUAAGGCCACCCGACCUUUGAUCUCGGCGUUGCAAGCUAGGAAGUGUAUCGAUGAUGGAGCCUUAGCGUUUCUAUUGAUAACUGUAGAGGAGACAACCAAAACUAUAGGAAUCCAAGGGAUACCUGUGGUUGAAGACUUUCCUGAAGUUUUCGUUGAUGAGUUACCUGGUUUACCACCAGAUAGAGAAGUAGAAUUCCAAAUAGAGUUGGAGCCGGCAACAACUCCGACUCACAAGGCGCCAUAUCGAAUGAAGAAGGACGUAGCAGAAUUUGUGAACAAAUGUUCUGUCUGUAGAUUAGUAAAAGCAGAGCACCAAAAGCCAGCCGGUAAAUUGCAGUCAUUGCCAAUCCCAGAAUGGAAAUAG